UGUUUCACGUCAACAGAACUGUCAGAACACUCACUGGAUGUUCACAUCCCGUCAUAUCCCGGAUCACCUCGUUCACUUGAUACAGGAUCAGAAACAUCUCUUAAUUCUGAUAUUAAUCACGACCCUCGUAUUAAAGAAGCUGUAGAAUUUCUACAUCAAGAUAAAGAUUUUCUAGUAGCAGCUGAAACCGGAAAUGACAAGUUACUUGAUAUUUAUAUUAGGAAGGGAACAAAUAUACAACAAGUUGAUCAUCUUGGAAGAAAUGCUCUUCAUUUAGCAGUCUGUUCUGACAAUCUGAAGGCUAUUAAAUUGCUAUUAGAUUCGGGUGUAGAAGCAAAUGUAAAAGACAACGUUGGCAUGACGCCACUUUCGCUAUCAUUAAUGAGAAGACCCUCAUUAUUAGUGGCUAAUCUCUUAUUUGAUCACGGAGCAAGACUCUUGCCACGGUCCAAUCCAAUGGACGCUGGAUUAUUUAUUCAAUUCGCAAUGAUGUGUACACCGACAGCUGAAGAAGAAAAAAUUCUUCACCUUCUAAUCGACAAGGGAGCUGUUAUAAAUGAUCCUUAUGCUCCUGGAGGCCGACAAGCUCUUCAUUUUGCUGCAAUGAGCAACAAUACUAUUUUAAUUAUAAUCCUUGUGAGUCUUGGAGCCGAUUUGUAUAUGAGAAACCACAGAAAUGAAACUCCAAAAGAGAUGGCUGCAACCUUCAAAUGUAAAGAAGCUUAUGAACUUUUAGUACAGUUAGAGGAAACUGAGAAUCUGUCAUCCAAUUGACCUGUAAAUAUAAAUAGUACCUAAACACA